AUGGAAGUAGAAAAUAAAUUAUUGAUGUUUGUUAUGAAAAGUUUUCCAAGAUUCUUAGAAAAUAAAACUCAACAAAAGCUUCAAUUUGAAAGCAAAGCUAACUCCAGCAGAAUCCAUGAGUGUCAUAGCCUUAAUAUGACAGAUGACAGAGAAAGAGAAAGGAGAGAAAGAAAACAGAGAUGA